UUUUAAUUUCCAUUUCCCUGAUGACUAAUGAUGUUCAGUCUGCUCAUUCUUUGAAAUCUCUGCUUGGUUUUCAUUUGUUCCAGGAAGUAAUCGCUCCUUCUACAGACUAAGUUCCUGUCCUCCUUUGUAGUUCCAUGACAACCAAUAUUUAUCUCCACCUUGGCCUUAACCCACUAAAGUACAGUUGUUUUACUGUUACCUCCACACCCACCGCCCUCAUCACAAACACACACAUACACGACUGUGCACUUCCUGAAGGCAGAAGCAGCAUCAUACUUCUUUGCUAUCUUCAGCUACCAGCACAGACCUGAAACACAAUCUUUACACAAUAAGUAUGAUGAGUGAAUGAACAGUUGCUUAACAAAUUAAAGAAUGGAUAAAGGUAGGUAGGUACAAGGUUUUGCAGACAGGCCUGGCUGUGUCAAUUAAACCUUUCUCCAUGGGUCCUCACACUUAGUAAGCUCACUUUUAAAAGGACAAUGCUGAAGAUGCAAAUGUCUACAAUGACCACAGCGAUGACGUGAUCCGAGAGAAAGGCAAGGCGGAAGGGGUGGGGCCGGAAGCAGAAGUGCCGCAGGGAGUUAGCGGCGUCUCAGUUGCCAUGGAGACCGGGAGCUCCAAAACGCGGAGGUCUUUAGUGUCCUGGACCAACGAGUGCCAGGGGACAAUGUGGGCGCCAAGUUCGCUACCAGCCGGGUCCAGCAGCCCCAGCCAGCCCACCUGGAAGUCCUCCUUGUAUUCCUCCCUCGCCUACUCCGAGGGCUUCCACUACAGCUUCGCAGCCCGGCCCCGCCGCCUCACGCAGCUUGCGCUGGCGCCGCGUCCCGAGCCUCAGCGGCUUCGUCUGCGCCCCUCCUCGCUGCGCACCCAAGAUAUCUCGCACUUGCUCACUGGCGUCUUCCGCAACUUGUACUCUGCCGAGGUCAUCGGCGACGAAGUGAGCUCAAGCUUGAUCAAGGCCCGCGGCAGCGAGAAUGAGCGCCACGAGGAGUUCGUGGACCAGCUGCAGCAGAUUCGGGAGCUCUAUAAGCAGCGGCUGGAUGAGUUUGAAAUGUUGGAGAGACAUAUCACUCAGGCCCAAGCACGGGCUAUUGCGGAAAACGCGCGGGUCAUGAGCCAGCCUGGAGUACAGGACCUCGAGAGCCUUGUCAGGUUGCCUCCAGUGAAGAGUGUCUUCAGAUGGUGUAUAGACAGCGAAUUGCUACGGAAACAUCAUUUGAUCUCCCCAGAAGAUUACUACACCGAUACAGUGCCAUUUCACUCUGCACCUAAAGGCAUCUCCCUACCUGGAUGUUCAAAACUGACAUUUAGCUGUGAGAAGCGUUCCGUCCAGAAGAAAGAGCUGAACAAGAAGCUUGAAGAUUCAUGCAGGAAGAAGCUUGCUGAGUUCGAAGAUGAGUUAGACCACACUGUGGACAGCCUGACAUGGAAUUUAACUCCUAAGGCCAAAGAAAGGACCAGAGAACCUCUCAAGAAAGCAAGUCAACCAAGGAAUAAAAAUUGGAUGAACCACUUACGUGUGCCACAGAGAGAACUAGACAGACUUCUGCUUGCCAGAAUGGAGAGUCGGAACCACUUCCUAAAAAAUCCCCGUUUUUUUCCUCCUAACACUCCAUAUGGAGGCAAGUCUCUUAUUUUUCCUCCAAAGAAGCCAGCACCGAUAGGAGAAUUCCAGAGUACAAAGCCAGAACAGAGUUGUGCUGAUACUCCAGUGUUUAUAGCUAAGCCACCAAUUGGGUUUUUCACAGAUUAUGAAAUUGGUCCAGUUUAUGAGAUGGUCAUUGCACUGCAGAACACCACCACAACCAGCCGCUACCUGCGAGUCCUCCCGCCUUCCACGCCAUACUUCGCUCUAGGACUGGGGAUGUUCCCAGGAAAAGGUGGAAUGGUGGCUCCUGGAAUGACCUGCCAGUACAUUGUCCAGUUUUUUCCCGACUGCCUUGGGGAUUUUGAUGAUUUUAUUUUAGUGGAGACCCAGUCAGCCCGCACACUUCUGAUCCCCCUGCAGGCUCGGAGGCCGCCCCCCGUGCUGACAUUGUCACCGGUGUUGGACUGUGGUUACUGCCUCAUUGGGGGAGUCAAGAUGACCAGAUUCAUCUGCAAAAAUGUGGGUUUCAGUGUUGGCAGGUUCUGCAUUAUGCCCAAAACAAGCUGGCCACCACUAAGUUUCAAGGCCAUUGCAACCAUCGGCUUUGUUGAACAACCUCCUUUUGGAAUCCGGCCUUCGGUGUUUGAGUUGGCCCCGGGACAUGCUAUAUUAGUGGAGGUCUUGUUUUCCCCAAAGAGCCUAGGAAAGGCAGAGCAGACCUUCAUCAUCAUGUGCGACAACUGCCAGAUAAAGGAGCUGGUGACCAUAGGAAUUGGGCAGCUGAUUGCUUUGGAUCUGAUCUAUAUUUCUGGUGAAAAAAGCCAACCAGACCCUGGAGAGCUCACAGACUUAACAGCCCAGCACUUCAUACGAUUUGAGCCUGAAAACGUUCGGUCCACGGCUAGGAAGCAGCUGAUUAUUAGAAAUGCUACGCACGUGGAGCUGGCCUUCUACUGGCAGAUCAUGAAGCCCAACCUGCAGCCCCUCAUGCCUGGAGAAACCUUCAGCAUGGACGGCAUCAAGUGCCACCCCGACAAGGAGACCGCCUUCUCCAUCAUGCCGAGAAAGGGGGUUCUCAGCCCCCACACAGACCACGAGUUCAUCCUGAGCUUUUCUCCUCAUGAGCUGAGGGAUUUUCACAGUGUGCUCCAGAUGGUGCUAGAGGAAGUCCCAGAGCCUGUAAGUUCAGAAGCAGAGAGCCUGGGGCCCUCCUCCUACUCUGUGGAUGAUGUGAUCGUCCUGGAAAUCGAGGUGAAAGGCUCAGUAGAACCUUUCCAGUUUCUCUUAGAGCCAUAUGCCCUCAUCAUCCCAGGGGAGAACUACAUUGGGAUAAAUGUGAAGAAGGCUUUUAAGAUGUGGAACAACAGCAAGUCACCCAUCAGAUACCUGUGGGGGAAGAUCAGCGACUGUCACAUCGUUGAAGUGGAGCCUGGCACAGGGGUCAUAGAGCCCAGUGAGGUCGGGGAUUUUGAGUUGAACUUUACUGGGGGUGUCCCUGGCCCCACAAGCCAGGACCUGCCGUGUGAAAUCGAAGACUCGCCCUCGCCAGUGGUGUUACACAUUGAGGCAGUCUUUAAGGGGCCUGCCCUCAUCAUCAACGUCUCAGCCCUUCAGUUUGGUCUGCUCCGCCUGGGGCAGAAAGCCACAAACUCCAUCCAGAUCCGGAACGUCAGCCAGCUCCCAGCCACAUGGCGCAUGAAGGAGAGCCCAGUCUGCCUCCAAGAAAGGCCUGAGGAUGUGUCUCCCUUCGACAUUGAGCCUUCGAGUGGCCAGCUUCACUCUCUGGGGGAGUGCAGGGUGGAUGUCACCUUGGAGGCCCUGCACUGCCAGCAUCUGGAGACUGUCCUGGAGCUGGAGGUGGAAAAUGGGGCCUGGAGCUACCUUCCUGUGUAUGCUGAGAUACAGAAGCCCCAUGUGUACCUACAGAGCAGCCAGGUGGAGGUUAGAAAUCUCUACCUGGGUGUGCCCACGAAGACAACUAUCACACUUAUCAAUGGCACGCUCCUGCCCACCCAGUUCCACUGGGGCAAGCUCCUGGGGCACCAAGCAGAUUUCUGCAUGGUGACAGUCUCCCCCAGACAUGGCCUGCUGGGCCCGAGCGAGGAGUGCCAGCUCAAGUUGGAGUUGACUGCUCAUACCCAGGAAGAGCUGACCCAUCUGGCCCUCCCUUGUCACGUGUCAGGCAUGAAGAAGCCACUGGUUCUAGGCAUUUCUGGGAAGCCCCAGGGACUACAAGUGGCCAUCGCCAUCUCUAAGGAGAGCUCCGAUUGCAGUGUUUUCAGCACAGAGCAGUGGCCAGGCCACCCAAAGGAGCUCCGUCUGGACUUUGGCUCAGCGGUGCCACUGAGGACCCGUGUGAAUCGCCAGCUCAUUCUCACCAAUCGCUCCCCAAUACAGACCCCUUUCUCCCUCAAGUUUGAGUACUUCGGGAGCCCCCAAAACAGCCUGAGCAAAAAGACCAGCCUUCCCGACAUGCCUCCUGCCCUGCUAAAGACAGUGUGGAUGCAAGAGCACCUGGCCAAGCGAAAGCAGCUGGAUUUUAUGGAGAGCAUGCUAUCCCACGGGAAAGGAGCUGCUUUCUUCCCUCACAUUUCCCAGGGCAUGCUGGGGCCCCACCAGCAGCUAGGCAUUGACAUCACAGGCUGUGCCAACAUGUGGGGCGAGUACUGGGACAACCUCAUCUGCACGGUGGGAGACCUGCCACCGGCAGUCAUCCCAGUGCACAUGGCAGCGGUGGGCUGCCCCGUCAGCUCCCUGAGGACCACCUCCUACACUACCGACCAGGCCCAGAAGGAACCAGCCAUCAGGUUCGGCACCCAGGUCUCCGGAGGAGACACAGUUACCCGAACCCUUCGCCUGAAUAACUCCAGCCCAUGUGACAUCCGCCUGGAUUGGGAGACCUAUGUUCCAGAAGACAAGGAAGACCGGCUGGUGGAGCUGCUGGUGUUUUACGGGCCACCUUUCCCGCUGCGGGACCAAGCCGGGAAUGAGCUUGUGUGCCCUGAUACCCCUGAGGGUGGCUGCCUCCUCUGGUCCCCAAGCCCCUCCAGUUCAUUGGAAUUCAGCCAUGAAACUGACUCAUCAGUUGAGGGCAGCUCCAGUGCCAGCAAUAGGGUGGCACAGAAGCUCAUCUCAGUCAUCCUGCAGGCACAUGAGGGGGUGCCCUCUGGCCACCUAUACUGUAUCAGCCCCAAGCAGGUGGUGGUCCCUGCUGGGGGCAGCAGCACCAUCUACAUCUCCUUCACCCCCAUGGUGCUCAGCCCUGAGAUCCUGCACAAGGUGGAGUGUACUGGCUACGCCCUGGGUUUCAUGAGCUUGGACAGCAAGGUGGAAAGGGAGAUUCCAGGGAAGAGGCAUCGCCUGCAGGACUUUGCGGUGGGACCCUUGAAACUGGACCUGCAUAGCUACGUGAGGCCUGCACAGCUAAGUGUGGAGCUGGACUAUGGCGGCAGUAUGGAAUUCCAGUGCCAGGCCAGUGACCUCAUUCCUGAGCAGCCCUGCUCUGGGGUGCUGAGUGAGCUGGUGACCACCCACCACCUGAAGCUGACCAACACUACAGAGAUCCCACACUACUUCCGGCUCGUGGUCUCCAGGCCCUUCUCAGUUUCUCAAGAUGGGGUGAGCCGGGACCACAGAGCUCCUGGCCCUGGCCAGAAGCAGGAGUGUGAGGAGGAGACAGCCUCAGCGGACAAGCAGCUGGUGCUCCGAGCACAGGAGAACAUGCUGGUGAACGUGUCCUUCUCACUCUCCCUGGAGCUGCUCUCCUAUCAGAAGCUCCCGGCCGACCACACACUGCCUGGAGUGGACAUUCGGCAGAGUGCGAGUGGAGAGAGAGAGAUGGUGUUUACUCAGAACCUGCUCCUGGAGUACACCAACCAGACCACUCAGGUGGUGCCCCUGCGGGCCGUGGUGGCUGUGCCUGAGCUGCAGCUCUCCACCAGCUGGGUGGACUUUGGGACCUGCUUUGUGAGCCAGCAGCAAGUCCGGGAGAUCUACCUGAUGAACCUGAGUGGCUGCCGAAGCUACUGGACUAUGCUGAUGGGCCAGCAGGAGCCAGCCAAGACCACUGUGGCCUUCGGGGUCUCCCCAAAUAGUGGGCUGCUAGAAGCACGAUCCGCCAAUGCACCCCCAACCUCCAUUGCCUUGCAGGUUUUCUUCACUGCCAGGAGUAGUGAGCUGUACGAGUCCACGAUGGUGGUGGAAGGUGUGCUUGGUGAGAAGUCCUGCACCCUGCAGCUCCGGGGCCGAGGCUCCUAUGAUGAGAGAUACAUGUUGCCUCACCAGCCCUGAGGCUCUGCCCCAGCCCUCAGCCCCAGGCCCCAGCUGGAGAAUAAACAUCGCCCAGGGAUUAGGAGCAGAUCUGCAGCACAAAGACACAGACUUGGGGACCUGGGGACCUCUGGGCAGCUCCUGGAAUGGAAGAACCCCCUUCCACAAUGGUCUCAGCCUAGGCCCUCAUGAUAUGUCCUCAGAGCAAACAUAAAGGACAGACCACAUCACAGUAGAGACCACUGCAUUGAGAAUCACUACUCAUUGCAUAGCGAAGACCAUGCACUUUUACUAUGCCCAUUGCACUUCUCAUCCAUGAAUUUGCCUUGCCCUAAGAAUUAACCAUGGCCUUGUGGCCUGGGUGACUCAGGCUGCUUUUAUCUUGCACAGCUAAAGAGGGUCUGAUGGGUGGCUCAACACCCCACCCACUCCUAUACCAUGUCAUCAGUGUUCACAUUUUCCUAAUGAAUUGAA